AUGGUCAAGACAAUCCCCUUCGGUAACUUGCAGGUCCCAUCGCCAGGCUUUGGCGCAAUGGGCCUGAGCUUUGGUCUGGGCUCUAACCUGAGCCUCGAGGAAGCUGAGCCAGUUCUGUUGAAGGCAAUUGAGCUGGGCUGCACAUUCUGGGAUACUGCUGUGGUGUACCAAGCCGGAGUCAACGAAAAGCUCCUCGGUGACUUCAUCAGGAAACACAACGUCCGCGACAAGGUCUUUAUUGCUUCCAAGUGUGGUUUUAGCGUGUUUGAAGGCUCAGGCUCGGUCACCAACUCUGCCUCACACAUCAAGCAGUAUAUCGACGGCACCAUUGAAAGACUGGGAUUUGCUCCUGACUUGUACUAUCUGCACCGCAUCGAUCCCAACACACCUCUUACUGAAUCAAUCCCCGCCCUCGAUGAAAUUCGUAAGGCCGGCAAGACAAAGUAUAUCGGACUUUCAGAGUGUUCAGCUGCCACUCUCCGCAAAGCCAACUCUAGUAUGCAUAUAUCAAAUUCCGUUGAGCUCCUUUCCCAGGUGACUAAUAUUUUGAUAGUUGCCAAGAUCGACGCAGUCCAAGCCGAGUACUCAGCUUUCGAGACAGUGCAUGAAACCGAUAGCUUGAUCGAUACCGCCAAGGAACUCGACGUCGCCUACGUCGCCUACAGUCCCCUCGGUCACGGAUGGUUGGUCGAUAACUUUGAUUACAACUCCCCCGAUGACUUUGCCCCGGAUGACUUCCGCCGCAAAUCCCCUAAAUUCCAAGGCGAGAACUUUUACAAGAACAAGGAAAUCGUGGAUGCUAUCAAGGGCAUUGCUACUCGCAAGGGUUGCAAGGUCAGCCAGAUCGCACUCGCCUGGGUUGCUACCCAAGGCAUGAUCGCUAUCCCGGGAACCACCAAGGCCAGUCGCCUCGAGGAAAACUGGGCAUCUCGGGAUAUUGACCUCACUGCAGAGGAGCAGAGUGAGAUGCGCAGCCUUAUUGAUGCAGCCAAGCCACAUGGAAACAGAUAUGGAGCUGUGCACCAAGCCAUGGUUGGUCACUAA